UUUCGUUUCCGCGGUUUUUUUCACGCAGAAUUUGGAAUAGAAGUUCGUUAGAGAUACAGAAUGUCUGAUUCUGAUGAAAAAUUUGAAAUAAAUAAAAAAUUAUAUACAGAUGCUUACUAUAGGCUUUUAAAGUGUAAGAAAGAGAAUGAUAUUUCAAAUGCCCCUGUUGUUCUUCGUAAUCUUUUCAGGCAAGCAAAUUUUCACUGUGCACAACUGAAUAUUUCAGGAACUGGUUCAAGUAAAUUUAAAACUGAGAUACUUGAAGAAUAUACUAGUAUCAUAGACAGCGAAAAUCAUGAAGGUUUAUUAUCUAUAGUAUCAGAUCUUAAUAUAAAUGGGAAUGAUUCUUUUUCAUGUGAAGAACCAAGUAAAAAUAUCGAAAAUAUGAAGAACAGUUUAAAGAAAUUCGAAUACUAUAUAGCAGUUCAUAAUUUAAAAAAUUUACCCAAGUCUCCAAACAGUGAAUUUAUAAAAGGUCAUGUUCAGAACUAUUCGAAUUCAAAUUACUGUAUUAAAAAUUCCAUUCCUUUGAAUUCUAGAAAUCAUGUGAAAGGUUUUGGGCCUGUUAAGUCUGAUAAUCAUAUCAAUAAAACUGAAUUUUUGGAAGAGUAUGUUCCUAAACCUUGCAUGUCAGCAGCUCCUGGUUUACUACGGAAGAGAUCUGUAGUUGAAAGUGAUGAAUCAGAACAUAUUCUGAAAAGAAACAAAAGUAAUUUUAUUAACAAGAAAAAACCAUAUUCUCAUCCAUCUGUUCCAGAUAGAACUAAUCAACAGUCAAUUUCUGGACCUAGUUUUGUUUCUGCUAGCUCAAUGUAUCGUAAUCCUUUAAAGAAAGCAGAUAAGGAUUAUCAAGAAAAGAAUCCAGAGACAUCAGAAAAGGAGAAUCCUGAACAGAGCCAACAUGAAUCAUUGAAACAUUUUGACAAAAAGAUUGUUGAUGUUAUUUUUAAUGAAAUUAUGGAUUUUAGCCCAAAUGUUAAAUGGAAUGAUAUUGCUGGUCUAGAUUUUGUUAAAACUACUAUACAAGAAAUUGUAAUUUGGCCUUUACUUAGACCAGAUAUUUUUACUGGCUUAAGGGCACCUCCAAGGGGUAUACUUUUAUUUGGACCUCCAGGUACAGGUAAAACUCUUAUAGGUAAAUGUAUUGCAACAGAAUCAAAUUCAACCUUUUUUUGUAUUAGUGCUUCUUCCUUGGCAUCAAAAUGGGUAGGUGAAAGUGAACAGCUUGUACGAGCGUUAUUCUCUGUAGCUCGCCUCAAUCAGCCAGCUGUAAUUUUUGUUGAUGAGAUAGACUCACUACUAUCUCAAAGAAGUGAUAAAGACCAGGAUUUCACACGAAAGCUUAAAACAGAAUUCCUUGUGCAGUUUGACGGUGCAAAAACAAAUUCUGAAGAGAGGGUCCUUGUUAUUGGAGCCACUAAUCGUCCUCAUGAAUUGGACGAAGCGGCAAGACGUCGAUUUGUAAAAAGACUUUUUGUACCUUUACCUGAAACAUCAGCUCGUCGACAAAUUAUGGAGAAACUGUUAUCUGCUCACCAACAUAGUCUGACUGAUAGUGACUUUGAUACAGUAUGUGAUAAAACCAAAGGAUAUUCCGGCUCAGAUGUAGCACAUUUAUGUAAAGAAGCUGCAAUGGGCCCAAUCAGAAGCAUUGGACCUGAAAAUAUUAAAACUGUUUCCCUUGAGCAAGUGAGGUCAAUAAAUUUAACUGAUUUUUAUGAUGCUUUAAAGCAAGUUAGAGCUAGUGUUGUUCAAGAUGAUCUUAAUUACUAUAUUGAAUGGAAUAAAAAGUUUGGUAGUUUUGGAACUUAAUUUAUAGUACUCAAUAGUAACUAUAGGAGCUAAACAUGAUACAUCAUUUCAAUGCAAGAGAAAAAUUAUUUGCAAAAUAUUCGUAUUUUUCUACCAAGAAAUGUUUGCUUAAUCAAGUUAAACCUCAAUAACUUAUUUAAAUCUAAAAACUGAUUGCUUUCAUUUUAAAUGCCAGUUCAUCCAGUGUGUGAUUGUUUAAACUGGGUAACUAAUAAUUUCUUCCAGAUAUUGAAUUGCUUAUCUUAUAAAGCAGUAACAAGGUACACUUUUGAAGUUGUUUUUUUCUUUGUGGUAUUUAAAAAAAAAGUUUCUAUAAAUAAAAUAUUUAAUUUUAAAUACAUCUGUAUCUUUUGAAAGUAUGAGAUUGUUGAUUGCAAAGGAUCUCAUGUUUCAGUAUUUCCUUUUCAUCCAUAUUGUGCAUAAAUGUUAUUCUGUUUUUCUUUUGUACCAGGUCUAUCAUAAGAGUUUGUAUUGUAAACCAAUUUUGAUCUCUCUCACUUUGGGUACUUAAUUAUUCCUUUCAUCAUUGUAUGAUUUUCUUCACUUUUAUUAAGUAUUUAGGUAUAGAAAUAAAUUUUUCAGUAAUAAUUUCCCUCUUAGGAACAAGUAGUAAUUUGGUGGAACUAAUGAAUUUUGUGAAUAGAAAAUAUAUAUAAAAAUCUAGUUAUGGAUUGAAUUUUAUAACUUUUGAAUAUUUUUACAAAAAUAUUAAUUUUUUGGAUUAGGACAUUAGUUUUAUGUUUUUGAUGCCUGUGCAUAAAUCUUACAUUGUUAUGCUUACAUAUCAUAAGAUUUUGUCAGAUGGAUAUCAUAUAGUUUAAGCUAUGCAUUUUUUGUAUUUGUAAACUUAAUCUUUUAUGCAGUAAUUGUUCCAAAUAGCAUAAAAACAGAACUCUUACUUUCUAAUCAUAACUUACUGAAAACUUUUUAUGUGACAUACAUCAAAUAAAAUAAUGUCAUGUUUUUUAAUAUAAUUCUUAUUAUGUACACUGCUGACCACCCAAAUUGCAACACCAAGAAAGACAAGAGAUAUCACAACAAAAUUUAUUUACUAGAUAACAUGUU